AUGAGUGUGCCUGAUCACGAGAACCCUAUGUUUCAUUGCCGUAUGCACGAGAAAGCCUUUCCAAGCGAGGACGAUUUGUGUUUGGUGACUGUAGUGAGUUCGAAUGGGAUGGGGACAUAUGUUGCAUUGAAAGAAUAUGACGACAUUCAAGGGAUGAUUCCUAUGUCGGAGCACUCGCGACGUCGGUUCACACAAACACGAAUUGCGCGAGUAGGGAAAGAGGAAGUUGCGACGGUCAUUCGCGUCAAUUCUGAGGGCGGGUUUAUCGACUUGUCACUGAAGCGAACCACUCCGGAAGCCAAGUCUGCGUUUCUAACGAAGUACGCGAAGGACAAAGAAGCACAUCUUGUGAUUCGACUUGUAGCACAAAAGAUGAACGUCUCAAUGGAAGACUUGUAUAAACAAUUUGGAUGGCCUUUGGCGAAAGAACACGGAUCUCUUCAUGACGCUUUUAAGAAGAGUUUAACGGAUCCCGAUAUCUUUAAGCCCUAUAACAUCGACGAAAAGACUUUGGAAGCGUUGAAAGGGGUGAUAGCCCAUUACUUCACGAUUCAACCACUCAAAUUCAGAGCAGAUAUCGAAGUCACUUGCUAUGCGAAAGCGGGUGUUUCUGCCGUUAAAAAUGCAUUAAUGAAAGGGUUGACUGUUGCCCCGGAGAGUGGGUUGGUCAUUAAAUUGGUCUCGUCGCCACUAUAUGGGAUGCACUUGUCAAUGACUGAUAGACAAAAGGGUAUCGAAGUGAUGUAUGAGGUCAUCGCACGGAUCAAAGAAGAGAUCGAGAAGGACGGAGGAUUCUGCACCGUCAAGAGAGACCCAUGUGUGGUGUGCAAAGAAGAAGAACUCGCAGAGGCGGAGGACGAAGAGUCGACGUCACAAGAUGUAGAGGAGGAAGACUAA